ACCUCCGGGCUGUGCCGCGCGCGAGGCGGAGCGAGGCGCCCGCCGCCGCCGCGGUGCUGAGGGGCGAGCCUGUCCCCGCGCCGCCGCUGACAGGAGGACCGCCGCGGGCUGCCAGCGCUCGCCGGCCGCGAGGCCCCGCCGAGCCCGACUGAGGCGCGGAUCCUCCGUGGGGCGUCCGCGGGCGGCGAGGUCCUCACCGGAGACCACCGGCACGCGGGCUUGACCCCGAGGUGCGCCGCGCCCCUCAGAGCGGCAGUUUUAUAUUAAAAGAACACAACCAUGUUUCGGAAUAGUCUCAAGAUGCUUCUUACUGGUGGGAAAUCAAGUCGGAAAAACAGGUCAAGUGAUGGAGGAACCGAGGAACCAUCGGAUCGAAGACAGUCGAGUGUAGAUUCUCGCCAAAGCCACUCUGGGCAAGGUGGCAUCUCCACAGAAAGCGAUUGUGCUUUUGAGCCAGACUACGCUGUUCCACCACUUCCAGUGAGUGAAGGUGAUGUUGAACAAGAACUUGGACCACCUCCAUCUGUAGAUGAGGCAGCAAACACACUCAUGACUCGUCUGGGUUUCCUCCUUGGAGAGAAAGUAACAGAAGUACAACCAGGUGACCAAUACAGCAUGGAGGUACAGGAUGAAAAUCAGACUUCAGCAAUCACCCAGCGAAUAAGUCCCUGUUCCACCUUGACUAGCAGCACUGCCUCUCCACCAGCCAGCAGCCCCUGCUCUACACUCCCACCAGUCAGUGCAAAUGCAGCUGCCAAGGACUGUAGCUAUGGGGCUGUCACCAGCCCAACCUCCACCCUAGAAAGCAGAGACAGCGGCAUCAUUGCAACAUUAACAAAUUAUUCUGAAAACAUGGAACGAACAAAAUAUGUUGGGGAAGGUAGUAAAGAAUUAGGAUCUGGAGGAAACCUAAAACCAUGGCAGUCUCAAAAAUCCAGCAUGGACUCCUGUCUGUACCGAGUGGAUGAAAACAUGGCUGCGUCCACAUACAGUCUGAAUAAGAUCCCAGAGCGGAAUUUGGAAACAGUUUUAUCGCAGUCAGUGCAGUCUAUUCCUUUGUAUCUCAUGCCUCGACCAAAUUCUGUAGCAGCCACCAGCUCUGCCCACUUGGAAGAUCUUGCUUACCUGGAUGAGCAGAGACACACUCCUUUGAGGACGUCCCUUAGAAUGCCAAGACAGAGCCUGAGCGGUGCUCGCACACAGCAGGAUCUCAGAGUUCGCUUUGCACCUUAUAGACCUCCAGACAUCUCCCUGAAGCCCCUACUCUUUGAAGUGCCCAGCAUUACCACAGAGUCAGUGUUUGUUGGUCGAGAUUGGGUAUUCCAUGAGAUUGAUGCUCAGCUUCAGAGUUCCAAUGCCAGCGUGAACCAAGGAGUAGUGAUUGUGGGAAACAUUGGGUUCGGCAAAACUGCCAUCAUCUCCAGACUGGUAGCUCUCAGCUGCCAUGGUACACGGAUGAGACAGAUCGCCUCUGACAGCCCACACGCCUCUCCCAAACAUGUGGACGCCAACAGAGAGCUACCACUCACCCAAGCACCUUCAGCCCAUUCAUCUAUUACCAGUGGAAGCUGCCCAGGAACUCCAGAAAUGCGCAGGCGACAAGAGGAAGCCAUGCGAAGACUUGCCUCACAGGUGGUUGCCUAUCACUAUUGCCAAGCAGAUAAUGCCUACACCUGCCUGGUACCAGAGUUUGUCCACAAUGUUGCUGCCCUGCUCUGCCGCUCACCUCAGCUGACAGCUUACCGGGAGCAGCUUCUUCGGGAGCCCCACCUGCAGAGCAUGCUAAGCCUCCGGUCCUGUGUUCAAGACCCUAUGGCCUCCUUCCGGAGGGGAGUCCUGGAGCCCUUGGAGAACCUCCACAAAGAGAGAAAAAUCCCAGAUGAAGAUUUCAUCAUUUUAAUUGAUGGAUUAAAUGAAGCAGAAUUUCACAAACCGGAUUAUGGGGAUACAAUUGUAUCAUUUCUAAGUAAAAUGAUUGGAAAUUUUCCUUCUUGGCUCAAACUAAUUGUAACAGUUAGGAGCAGUUUACAGGAAAUUACCAAGUUGCUGCCUUUCCAUAGGAUUUUUUUGGAUCGACUAGAAGAGAAUGAAGCCAUAGACCAGGACCUGCAGGCUUACAUCCUGCACCGGAUUCAUAGCAGCUCAGAGAUCCAGAAUAACAUCUCACUUAAUGGCAAGAUGGACAAUACUACAUUUGGCAAGCUCAGUUCUCACCUCAAGACCCUCAGUCAAGGGUCAUACCUAUACCUGAAACUCACAUUUGACCUCAUAGAGAAAGGAUACCUAGUGCUAAAGAGUUCUAGCUACAAAGUCGUUCCUGUUUCGCUCUCUGAGGUUUACUUACUCCAGUGCAAUAUGAAGUUCCCAACUCAGUCUUCCUUUGAUCGGGUGAUGCCUCUCCUGAAUGUGGCAGUGGCCUCUCUCCACCCACUUACCGAUGAACAUAUCUUCCAGGCCAUCAAUGCUGGGAGCAUUGAAGGCACAUUAGAAUGGGAAGACUUUCAACAAAGAAUGGAGAACCUCUCCAUGUUCCUAAUCAAGCGUAGAGACAUGACUCGGAUGUUUGUGCACCCUUCUUUUCGAGAAUGGCUUAUCUGGAGAGAAGAAGGAGAGAAAACCAAAUUUCUCUGUGAUCCCAGGAGUGGCCACACAUUACUUGCCUUCUGGUUCUCCCGCCAAGAAGGGAAACUAAACCGACAGCAGACUAUUGAACUAGGACAUCACAUCCUCAAAGCACACAUCUUUAAGGGUUUGAGUAAAAAGGUUGGUGUAUCAUCCUCCAUCCUCCAAGGACUCUGGAUCUCUUACAGCACAGAAGGUCUUUCCAUGGCAUUGGCCUCUUUACGAAAUCUCUACACUCCAAAUAUAAAGGUCAGCAGACUGCUGAUUCUGGGAGGUGCCAAUAUUAACUACCGGACAGAGGUUCUAAAUAAUGCCCCCAUCCUAUGUGUCCAGUCUCACCUUGGUUACACAGAAAUGGUGGCUCUGCUUUUGGAGUUUGGGGCCAAUGUGGAUGCCUCUUCUGAAAGUGGCCUGACUCCUCUGGGGUAUGCUGCGGCAGCGGGGUUCCUGAGCAUUGUGGUGCUGCUGUGCAAGAAACGGGCCAAGGUAGAUCACUUGGACAAAAAUGGACAGUGUGCUUUGGUUCAUGCUGCUCUGCGAGGUCAUCUAGAGGUUGUCAAGUUUCUGAUUCAGUGUGACUGGACAAUGGCUGGCCAGCAGCAAGGAGUAUUUAAGAAGAGCCAUGCCAUCCAGCAGGCCCUCAUUGCUGCAGCCAGCAUGGGCUACACUGAGAUUGUCUCCUACCUACUUGAUCUUCCAGAAAAAGAUGAAGAGGAAGUAGAGCGAGCACAAAUCAACAGUUUUGACAGUCUCUGGGGAGAGACAGCCCUGACAGCUGCAGCGGGAAGGGGCAAACUGGAUGUGUGCCGUCUGCUUUUGGAGCAAGGGGCAGCAGUGGCCCAGCCAAACCGCAGAGGAGCAGUGCCUCUAUUCAGCACUGUUCGCCAGGGCCAUUGGCAGAUUGUCGAUCUUUUACUGACCCAUGGAGCUGAUGUCAACAUGGCAGACAAGCAGGGUCGUACUCCCCUGAUGAUGGCUGCUUCUGAAGGCCAUCUAGGAACCGUGGACUUCCUGCUUGCACAAGGUGCCUCCAUUGCCCUGAUGGACAAAGAGGGCUUAACAGCCCUCAGCUGGGCUUGUCUGAAGGGCCAUCUCUCAGUAGUGCGCUCUCUAGUGGAUAAUGGAGCUGCUACAGACCAUGCAGACAAGAAUGGCCGUACUCCACUGGACCUGGCAGCUUUCUAUGGCGAUGCUGAGGUGGUCCAGUUCCUAGUGGAUCAUGGGGCCAUGAUUGAGCAUGUUGACUACAGUGGAAUGCGUCCUUUGGAUAGGGCAGUGGGUUGCAGGAACACGUCUGUUGUAGUAACUCUACUGAAGAAAGGAGCCAAAAUAGGUCCAGCCACAUGGGCGAUGGCCACCUCCAAACCAGACAUCAUGAUCAUCCUGUUGAGCAAGCUGAUGGAAGAGGGGGACAUGUUUUAUAAGAAAGGUAAAGUAAAGGAAGCUGCCCAACGCUACCAGUAUGCUCUGAAGAAAUUCCCUAGAGAAGGGUUUGGUGAGGACUUGAAAACCUUCCGGGAGCUAAAAGUGUCUCUCCUCCUCAACCUCUCUCGAUGUCGCAGGAAAAUGAACGAUUUUGGAAUGGCGGAGGAAUUUGCUACUAAGGCCCUGGAGCUGAAACCGAAAUCUUAUGAAGCAUACUAUGCGAGAGCAAGGGCAAAACGCAGCAGCAGACAGUUUGCAGCAGCCUUAGAGGACCUGAAAGAGGCCAUCAAGCUAUGUCCAAACAACCGUGAGAUCCAGAGGCUUCUGAUGCGAGUGGAGGAAGAGUGCAGACAGAUGCAGCAGCAGCAACAGCAGCCACCACCACCACCCCAGCAGCCUCCACAGGAGUUGCCAGAGGAAGAAACAGAGCCUGAGCCCCAGCACGAAGAUAUAUACUCUGUACAAGACAUAUUUGAGGAGGAGUACUUGGAACAAGAUGUUGAAAAUGUUUCUAUUGGCCUCCAGACAGAGGCUCGCCCCAGUCAGGGGCUCCCAGUAAUCCAGAGCCCACCCUCCUCUCCAGCUCAUCGGGACUCGGCCUACAUCUCUAGCUCACCUCUCGGCUCUCAUCAGGUUUUUGACUUCCGGUCCAACAGUUCUGUAGGUUCUCCCACUAGACAAGGUUAUCAGUCCACCUCACCUGCUCUUUCUCCGACUCACCAGAACUCUCAUUACAGGCCUAGCCCACCACAUACUUCCCCAGCUCAUCAGGGUGCAUCUUACCGGUUCAGCCCACCUCCUGUGGGAGGGCAAGGCAAGGAAUACCCUAGCCCUCCCCCUUCCCCUCUCCGUAGAGGCCCUCAAUAUAGGGCCAGUCCUCCAGCUGAGAGCAUGAGUGUCUAUAGAUCCCAGUCUGGUUCACCUGUACGCUAUCAGCAAGAAACAAAUGUGAGUCAGCUUCCUGGCAGACCAAAAUCUCCGCUAUCCAAAAUGGCCCAGCGACCCUACCAGAUGCCUCAGCUUCCAGUGGCAGUUCCCCAGCAAGGGCUCAGGCUACAGCCUGCCAAGGCCCAGAUUGUAAGAAGUAACCAGCCUAGCUCAGCAGUGCAUUCAAGCACUGUAAUCCCAACAGGAGCCUACGGCCAAGUAGCCCAUUCAAUGGCCAGUAAAUACCAAUCUUCACAAGGAGACAUGGGAGUAAGUCAGAGCCGAUUGGUUUAUCAGGGAUCAAUAGGAGGGAUUGUAGGAGACGGGAGACCUGUACAGCAUGUCCAAGCCAGUCUGAGUGCUGGUGCCAUCUGUCAGCAUGGAGGAUUGACCAAAGAAGACCUGCCACAGCGACCAUCCUCUGCCUAUCGAGGUGGUAUGAGGUACAGCCAGACACCACAGAUUGGGCGUAGCCAAUCAGCAUCCUAUUAUCCAGUCUGUCACUCAAAACUAGAUCUGGAGCGUUCCUCCAGCCAGCUGGGUUCCCCUGAUGUGUCACAUUUAAUCAGAAGACCUAUCAGUGUCAACCCUAAUGAAAUCAAGCCCCACCCACCAACUCCCAGGCCCCUGCUGCACUCGCAGAGUGUGGGCCUGCGCUUUUCUCCAUCCAGCAAUAGCAUCUCCUCCACCUCCAACCUGACUCCCACCUUCCGGCCUUCUUCUUCAAUUCAGCAAAUGGAGAUCCCACUAAAACCGGCAUAUGAUAGGUCAUGUGAUGAGCUAUCACCAGUAUCUCCCACUCAGGGAGGUUACCCCAGUGAGCCCACCCGAUCCAGGACCACACCAUUCAUGGGGAUCAUAGAUAAAACAGCCCGGACUCAACAGUACCCCCACCUUCACCAGCAGAAUCGGACCUGGGCAGUCUCAUCAGUGGAUACCGUUCUCAGUCCCACGUCUCCAGGCAACCUGCCUCAGCCUGAGUCCUUCAGUCCACCAUCAUCCAUUAGCAACAUUGCCUUUUAUAACAAAACCAACAAUGCACAGAAUGGCCAUUUGCUGGAGGACGAUUAUUACAGCCCCCAUGGGAUGCUGGCUAAUGGGUCCCGUGGAGACCUCUUAGAAAGAGUCAGCCAGGCCUCCUCUUAUCCUGAUGUGAAGGUGGCACGGACCCUACCAGUGGCUCAGGCAUACCAGGACAACCUGUACAGGCAAUUGUCUCGGGACUCUCGACAAGGACAGACAUCGCCUAUCAAACCAAAGAGACCAUUUGUGGAGUCUAAUGUUUAAGAGACAUUUGUUGGAGUGAGACCCAUAUGUUUUCACUGCACAUUUUCAGGCUUGGUUUCCACAUCUGAGGUAGUUCUCUGGCUUAAUUUCUCAUGUAGUUUCUGUGUGGUGUUCAGAGGUGACAGCCCACAUGUUGAAAUCCUUUGCAUGCAGCUGACUGGGAAGCUGGCCUCUGGUGAGCCAGGACUUCAGUUUCUCGGGUCUGUGCCCCAGCCACAUGCUCCCUCCCUCUCUUCCAACACCAACGAGGAGAUUUCGUGCCAUGAGCUUUAACCAGGGAGAUCAGACACACUGGUUGGCUUUUUCCAGGAGACAAUCGCUUUCACUGAUGUUCUUGUUGUGUGAAUGUCUUUUUCCUUUUUAAAAAAAGUAAGAUGUUCUUGUUUGUUUUCUUCUAGAAACAUUAGGACAUGUGUGAUGCCUCUCUGUCCUUGCAUUCUUCCCAGUGUUCACAUGGCCAGCCCCAGUGCAUCUCUGUGCCAUGGUCUCCUCCCCAGACUCCAGCUCCCUGCAGGCGUCAGGUCUAGAAUCUUCAUUUACUUUAUUGCUGGUCCUCCCCUGGGACAAAGGGGUCUAGGGAG